AUGAACGGUGUUAAACAUGUUAAGGUAUCGCCCUACCAUUCUGCUAGCAACGGAGCAGCAGAACGCAUGGUACGAUCAUUCAAGCGUAGUCUUAGUGCCAGCAAACCAGACGCACAAGGACUACAACAAACACUUGAUCGGUUCUUGUUAACGUACAGAUCAACGGAACAUUCUACAACUGGUAGUACACCGUCUAGUUUAUUCCUUGGAAGAGAGCUACGUACACGCGUAUCGUUGGUACGACCAGACUUUAAAGUUAAAGUAAUGAACAAGCAAAGUGAUCAGAAAGUAAGUCAUGAUAUACAUUCCAAGUUCCGUGAGUUCUUCCCAGGAGAUCAGGUGUUAGUCAAGGAAGUUCGCGCAGAUGAAACAUGGUGGCCAAGUACAGUGGCUGAACGUACAGCUCCUAAAUCGUACAUUGUCAUUCUAAAUGAUGGUAGAGUUUGGAAACGUCACAUUGAUUUAAUUCAGAAAGCAGACUUUCAGUUAACCUCAGAGCAGUUACAUGAUACGUUCAGGGAGGACCAACAGCUAGAACCGAGUAUGAUCACAUCGGACCCGCCUACGCAAUCUUCUGGUAAUCUGCCAGACACUAACAUUUCACAAUCUGAUAUACCAACAGGACCCGAUGUAGAUAUGGAUAAGGAACCUGACAAUCCACUCAUCGUGACGACUCCAGUGGCACGGAAGUCGCACAGGCAGACGAAAGCCCCAAAGAGACUGAUAGAAUCGAUUUAG